GGUUCGUGGGUGGUCGUCACUCCCGAGCGCGACAUCUACCUGGAGGACCUUCAAGACGGGAUCGAGAGCCUGGUGCCGCUCGGGCCGAUGGGUGGGCCGCCGUCUGGCUGGAGGCGCGGGCCGACGCACAUGUUCUGGGGCUCGCCCCAGGGCCCGCUGCAUCAGGCCGAGAGCUUGCGCCUGCAGGCCGAAGGUGCGGAGCUGGCGGAGCAGGAGCGGCGGGACCACGGCCUAGGCGCUGCUCGGCCUGCGCCCCUCCCCGCUGGCGCGCCGCCGCCGCUGGCGCUGGAGGGCGACCCAGCGACUGACGAGGGCGAGUGGCGCUUUUCCGACAGUCGGGGAGAGGCGCGCUUGGGCGAGCGCGUGGGUGCCGCGGAGCUGGAGGCUGGCUGCCGCCGCGGCGAUCGAGGGGUAGCCCAGCUGCGGACGCUCCCCGCGAGGUACGAGAAGGCGAGUCAGCGCUACCGCUCCAACAAGGAGGCCGCGUCGCUCACCGCGACCACGGCCUUCGACGACUGGCCCAUCAGCGGGCCUCGGACGGCGGAGUGGCUCGCGCGCGAGAUCGCUCGCCAGGGGCUGGAGUCCCUCAGCCGGCUCUUCGAGUAUGCCCUGACGUACGACCGGCUCAACUUCGGUAAGUACGUUGGCCUCGCUGGCGGUGACAGCGGCCACCUCGACAACGACAGGCUCUACAUGGGCGAGGAGGGCCGGCACGGGCGCGCGCCGGUUGCGCCAGCGCUGGAGACCUGGAUCUCGCAGAAGUUGUCGGGGGAGAGCGCCGUGCUCAAGGGGCGCCGCAAGGCCAUGGAGGAGCGUCAACUGCCAUUCAAUGCCGGGCUGUGCAGCGCGUGCACAGACGGCGCGGCGAAGGCGGACGAGUUGGACAUCGCGAUGGGUCACAUCCUGUCGAGGUAUCCGAGCAAGUUCGCCGAGUUUUUGAACAGUGCUUAUGAAUCUGGAGUCGUCGAGCCGGCGGCCGAGGUUCGCAAUUUUGUGGGUGUCUUCUUAGUUCGCAAGAAGGGCGGCUCGCUGCGGAUCAUCUUCGAUCCUCGGAAGACCGACGCGCAGUUCGCGCCGCCCGACGGCGUCGCCCUGGCCUCGCCCGAGGCCCUCGGCGACCUGAAGCUGCCAGCUAGUCGCAAGUUGUGGGUCAGCGAGGGGGGCGUCGAGAACUGCUACUACCAGUUCCUGCUGCCAGUCGACCUGUGUGCCGACUUCGCGCUGCCGGCGGUGCCGCGUCGGGCGCUGCCGCGACGCUUGCGCGACCUGUUCCCUGCUGGCUCCGAGCUGGUGCACUUCCAGGUUCGCGUGGCGCCGAUGGGCUGGAGCUGGGCCGCGGCGCUCGUGCAGGCUUCAAAUGCGGAGCUGCUGCGGUCAGGGCCGUUGGGCGCUCGACGCUGGCUCUGCAAUCGCCGCUGCGCGCCCGCCGUCGCCGGGCGCGAGCACGCUGCUCUCCUGCGCAUCGACAACUUCGCCUCGCUGGGGACCGCGAAGGAGGCGGUCCAGGUUGACGGCGACUCGAUGGGAAGACAGCUGAGGGGUCGUGGUCUGGCUACUCAUGACGUCUCCGGGCCGCAGGUCGACGUGGACCUCCUGGGCUUCCACGCUGACGGAGGGAAGGGCGCGAUCCACAUCGCGCCCGAGCGGUUCUGGCGGCUGGCCCUGAGCCUGGACUACAUCUCGACGCGUCCAUUCCUGACGGGGGCCGGGCCGGGCUGGAGAGGCACCUGGGCGCCUAGCGCCAUGGCCGUGGACGCGCCCCUGACGGGCCUGGGCGCUGCGGAGUGCGCGGCAACCCCAGCCGAGGUGGGCCGCAACGGGCGUGUGCGAGAGCGCUGGCGGUUCAAGGGGCGCGAUCUGGUGGCCGAGGGCUCGAGGGCGCGCGCCUUGCGAGAGGGCGCCGUGGGCGGCUCCGCCUUUCCCGACGUGCCCGCAGAUUUCUGUAAGUCAUCCCUGUGGAAGACUGUGGCUUCGAGGCGCUGGCGGCACAAGGCGCCGAUCCAUCUCCUGGGGGGCGAGGCGCUUCUCUGGGCGAUGCGGAGGCAGGUGCGCCGCGUGGCGCAUCACGGUUGUCGGCUGCUCUUCCUGUCCGAUAGCAUGUGUAUUUGUUGUGCGGUCGCAAAAGGCACCGCGGCCGAGCCGCCGGCCGCGACGGCCUUGCCGUGGCACCGCCUCCUGGGCUCGAACGUCUCGGGCCUGGAGCUGGAGACUGAGGCCGCCGACGCAGCCGAACUACCUGCGCUGGCCCCGUGGCCUUUGCCGCUGGCCGGGUGCGCGGCCCGACAGGGCGUCGAAGCCGCUGUCGGCGACGUUGUGGGCGAGGCCGGCGCUGGGGCGACCCCCGCGGGCGGUGCUGCCGCGGAGCAGCCGAGCGCUGCUGGGCUGGAAGCGCAGGCGACCAGCUUCACGUUCCACUGCUGCCGGCGACCAGGCGAGCUGCUGGCCACGAAGGCGUUUCAGCCGGUGGCACCGGCUCAUGGCCGGCGAAGCGGGUUCCGCUGGUGGGCGCUGCUGCUGCAUCCAGAGGAGCUGCUGGUGCCCAUCAAGACAGGCGAGCAGGGCGACUCGCUGCCGCUGGACGCCCCCGAGCUCCUGCUGCGCGCGGAGUUCGAGGAGUCGCUGGCGGCGCUGGGCCUGCGAGGCCUCGGCGCCACGCUGCCCGGCUCGAGGCGUGGCGGGGCCAGCCCCGACAGGGUCGCGGGUCGCAGGUCGCAGGAGGAAGUGACCAAGCGCGGCCGCGGGCAGGCCCGGCUCUCGGUCAGAAGACGCGAGAGGCACGGGCGCCCAGCGCUGCCGGUGGCGAAGGCGCCGCCCGUGGUGCAGCAGCAGCUGCGCCUGGGCACGCGGCGACUGCCCAGCCUGUCCGGGCUCAGCUCCACGCAGCGCUCAACCGAGUUCGCCUGGGCAGAGAACGAAUCGCCGUCGAGGCACACCCUGCACGUCGUUCUCAAUGGCUCGUAG